UAUCAUUACAUUACAAAUCGAUAUAGCUGAGGCGCCCAUUCGCAAUCUAAAUUGUUGAAUUUAACGUCUAAAAUCAUGGAUCCUGAUCCUGCGCUUGAUAAAGCUAGUGCUUACCCUAAUGAGCCUGCACCAAUGAGCCAAGGGGCCCCGCCUGCUUCGGGAGCCGGAGGUACCGCCCAAGAAUACCGCUUGCGUGUGUUGAUGGAGCCCCGUGGAUUCCUACGGGCUAUUGAAUUUAUCCUGGCUGUAUGUAUGUUUGCCACUACUGCUGGAUAUGCUACUUCAUAUUCCUUCACAGCAUCAUGUGCUGCUGGACACACGUACAAGGUUGAUGUCAUGUAUCCUUUCAGAAUUGAGAGCAACGCUUUACCUGCUCUCUGCAAUUCUACCACUGCCCCCGUGGUGUCAUCGAACCCUUCAGGGUCAGCUCAGUUCUUCGUAGCUGUCGGGGUUCUGGCCAUGCUCUACACGAUAGGCUCCCUGCUCUGGUAUGUAAUCUACGAAGCCAGAUAUCCCGAGAAGGAAAUCCACUAUGUAUGCGAUCUAGUGUUCACGGGCGUGUUCGUACUCCUCUUCUUCAUCUCAUCGUGUGCCUGGGCAGCAGGGCUUAACGAUGUCAAGUACUGGACAAACUUUGGCAACCUUAUGAGCAACCCCACUGUGUAUGGGCAAACGUGUACCGCGCCAGUCACCUGUGAAUCAGUAACCAGCCCAAAGUAUUCAUCUCUCAACUUUUCAGUGGUGUUUGGUUUCCUUAACACCAUUGUCUGGGGUGGCAACAUGUGGUUCAUCGCCAAAGAGACAACAUGGUUCAAGCAACGCAUGGAGAACAAAGCUGGGGGUGCUGCUGCGGGUGCCAACCCCAACACUGUUUAAUCUAUGACACCCUCCCUCCUCUCAUAGGUAGUACAUAUAAUAAACCUAGUCGUUUAAUACAAGUAUGCAAGGUGCACAGAAUCCUAGAGUUGUGAUAACGCAAGUCUAAGGUGUUUGGUGGUUUGAUGUCCCAUGCUUUACCAAGUAGGCAAGUAAUGGGGAGUUUGAACAUGAACCGUCAUAUAAAAUGUGUCAUGUUGCUUCAUAUGCGGUCUGGUCCGAGCUUUAGGGAGGAUAUUAAUAUCUCACAAUGAUCAGAUGUGCUCAUAUCUUUGAUGUAGUUGGUAAUGUAUGGGACAACAUAGUAUGGACCUGCCCAAUAACUGAUCAGGGACCUGUUUCAUAAAACUUGUCAUCAGUGACAAAUUACAAAAAUCAGUGAUAAAUGUACUGAUAACCAAUCAGAAGCAAGGAUUUCACUAGCUUAUAACAAAAACUGUCAUUUGUCACUGAUGACAAGUUUUGUGAAACACCCCCUGAUUAGUUGUUUUGUAUGUCAUUGUGCUUUAGAGAGGGCUAUGUAUGAAGUUGGUGGAUGGACAUGUACAUGUAGGUUUAACAUUUUAUUGAUAUCAGCUAGUUAGGCUAAUGAAACUGACUGAAUAUAUCAGAUGACAGCGCCGAACUGAAUCAUCUUUGAAAUAUCUAACAUAUUAUUUUGAUUAUUGUAUACCGUUAUGUACAUGUCUUUAUAAACACAAAGAAUUUAGGAUACAUUAUAUUACUUUUUGAUUAGCUGGUAUGUAAAUUUACUAAUUUAGUAUAUUAAAACAAGCUAUAAGUACAAUACUUGCACCAAAGGAUUUGACAGUUGCAUUUCUGAAAUAAAUCAAGGCUGGAUACGAGCAAUUGCCUAACGCUCCCAGUGAAACCAAACAGGGUUGUCUGGCAUCUAAGUUAUUGGUUUUGGUAGAUUGGGCAGGGGAGCAUGGCGUCCCUUUUUAAGGUAAUUUUUUUGGGGGAGACGUUUCCUUCUAUUCUGUGAAAAAUUGAUCCCAUCCCCCUCUGAGUGAGUCUUGGAGGGCUGGUAUUCUUUUCUUUAAAUCAAUUCCUCAGAAGGAAAAUGAUCAUACAAAGAAGAAUAACAAUUAUAGUUAUUACCAUCCCCAUCACAUUUGAUUUGAUUAUAAUUAAGGUGCUAUAGAUUCGAGAAGAGGUUGGAUAUUUAAAUUUGAAGGUAACAGACAUAAGCCAUGGAUUUAUAGUUUGUUAUUUUUCUUUUUUUGACUAAUUUACAACGCAGGAGAAGAUAUAGCCUAUGUACAAGGCAUCUCAAUUUCAUAAUUGAGAUGCAUGCAGGAUUAGUUAUAACUAACGUAGACAUACAUGUAGUUAGAGGAAUAGAUUGAGAACUCCCAAAAGCAAAAAAAAAAUGAUUCAAAAUAAAUAGUGUGAUAUACAAAUUUGUUUGUCAUGUUGCCGAUGUAAAUAUGCUCUUAUGCUGUAUUUCGAGCCGAUGCUUGGCCUAUUGUAAAUAAUAUCCACAACACUGUUUAUGGAAUUUGGUAUGGUGGUGUAUUCAUUGACAAAAACUGUCACUUUCAUGUGGCGAAUUCUUUGCAUUCAUAGAAUUUAUUUCUUGAGAGGUAGUAUCAGCACUGCAUACAUCAGUCUUUAAAGGUAGUGAGUGAUCCAUACAGGGUUCUCUAGAAGUAGUGUCAGCGUUGCAUACAGGGUUCUAAUGCUGAGACCGCGCAUAGGUGAUUUCAGGGUACAAAAACCAAUGGCAAAUUCUCUUAUGGAAGAGAGUGAUAAGGGUUACGAUCUGCAGAAUUGCACUGAUCCUCCCAUCUCGCCCUCCUGGAAUGUUGCAAAACCAUAUUUCACUCAUAUUGACUAAAGGUAAACUAGUUUCCUGCCAAGAAGCCUGUUGGGACACAGUACAUCUUUAUUAACUAUUAUGCACCUGCUAAACAUAUAGAAGCAGGUUAUUGUAAAAAGAAAUAUUCAGUAAAAGAACUAAUAAAGUAAAUAUUAAGUUUAAAGCUUGCGAAUCCACUUCAAAAAUCUUGUGCUGAAGUGGCCCCUUUGUAGAUCUAGAUUCUGGAAAGGUUGUACUUUGCUUGAAUUUCUCUUCUAUUUUUUACCUCAAUUAAGAUACCUUUGUAUAGGUAAAUGAUUUCAUUCACAUUAUAUCUAAAAUAACAUGUAGAUAAGGCAUCUGAUGGAAAAGGUGAAGCAAAACGCUCAUAACACGAGGCACAGAAUUGGAACACUGUAUUUAUAUUUAAACUGUCAAAUCACAAUGAUAUUGGAACAGCUCAUACUCACUUUUGUUUUUGUUCAAGGUUUUAUUAAAACAGGAGUUUGCCAUGUGUUGCUAUGUCAGGUUGUAUUAUGCACAGCCUUUCAGUACAACAUCAGCUUAUUGCCUGGUCACACUUUAACUGUAAACAGUGGGCUUUUUUUUCCUCAAGCUGUAAUGAGGAAGAGAUGGUUUGGGGACAAAUGGACUUUAACCAAUAUUUUUGGUUGAUCACUUAUACAUUAAAAAAAUGUAGUUGAUACUACCUCGAAAGAAGUAAUUUUGUUUUUUGAGCUUGAUUGAAUAUUCUCCUUGUUCUUCCAAUUUUUUUUGCAGCAUCAUAAUAUUUUUUAAUUAAUUUCAUAUGAAAUAAAGGUGCCGUUUUCUGUUGCCAAACAAGUAGAAUUUUGAAUUACAUUUUUGUGUAAUGGGUUUGAUGUGCAAAAGCACCUUAUUGUUGUGUAACUACUCUUAUGAAAUAUUAAAAUUAUGUUGGCAAGUUCUAUUUCUUCUGAUUACACUCUGUUAGUGCUUUUACUGCUACUUUGAACAUGCUAAGGAGAAUGGAGAAUUGCAUUUUAAUACAUGAGUAGCUUUGUCAACUCUGCACUUUUUCAAAUAUUAAAAAAGAGAAAAUUAUUAUAAAUCAUCAAGCCAUAUACACAAUGGACAUUCUUCCUUCUCUUUUUCAUGAUGUGUCAGUGAGUGACUGUUCUGCUUUUAAUGAUAUUAAUCAUAAUAUAUCUUUAUGCCGAAUAUAUUGCAAACAUCAAAUUUAUAGAAUGUUAUUAAGCAGCUUAUUGAUAAUUAAAAAUCAAUAUUUAUUGUGCCCGUAGCAGUUGAUACAAGAGCUCAUUUUGGCAUUUUUUGUCGGAGGAGAUAAUAAAUCUUAUCUGGCAGCUAGGCAUGAACAUUGAAAAUGACCUCAAACACUAAACUGCACAGUUGCCAGUGAUAUUUAGUCAUCUAUAUAAAAACAGUUUUAAGUGCAGGCAUAAUCCAUAUACUCAUUGGGAAAUACCCAAUGUUAUUGCACAUGCAUGUUAUGUAAUCAUCUGGAUUUUGAAUAGUAUAACAAAGGUAUUUAUUUAUAGUCCCUGAAUGACAAUCAAUUACACUCUAUUAUCCUACUCCACAAUAACCUGCACGAUUAUAUUAUGAUAACAUCUUUGACAUGAAUGUGCAGUUAUUUCUUCAUCUUCUUAUAUAUGUAAUGAUGGAAGAGUUUUGUUCAUCAUUGAAUCUUCCAAUUGUUCUGUUUUGUAUCCUAAUAAAAAUUAAAAGCCAUUAUUUUCCUUUCAUGAUGACCUUUGAUUUUACUCUCUAUUGAUCUUCAGUUAAUAAGGCUUUGCAACCUCUUUGUGGGGGUUUAUGAUUUUUUUUAAAUAAUUUAAUUAAAAUGUUCACCCCUCAGCAAGAUGUUCAUAUUCCCCAACCUUGAAUGAGAUAGAUGUGAAUAUACAUGAACAUUCUCUGCAUUACACAAGUUUGAUGUUAUUAUGAAACUGGACACUUUUCAUUUUACAUGUUCCCAGUAAACGGGAAAUGUUUGUCAAAGAUGUAAAUAAAGUGGUAAACAAUCUACAAUUUUAUUUGGCCCAAGCUUUAUGAUUAUUUUAUCCAACUAUGAAAUGUUCAAGUCCGUACCUCACUUCUUCAAUACUGUUUCAUCUAAAAAUGAUGAUAAUGAUUGACUGUCUACCCCCAAAUGAUAGUAAUAAUUGCUACACUGAAGCAGUUGUUAAAUUAUGAGGUAUGACAGUACUGCAAGAUAUGUUUAAAGAUUGCAGUGAAGUUCCUUGAUGCGACCAUAACCUCUGUGCUUUAUCAAAUAUGCAGCAUAAUUUUUUUUGUUUUAUUAAAUAUGCAGCAUGAUCCUUUUCUAUUGUUUGUAAUAGGGCAGUUGCCAUGAAGUGUACUUUCUGUUUUGUACUUUAAAUAAAGUUGCUAAUGAAGGUGUGAA